GCAGCUGUCACUUAACAUGUGAAUGUUUUGAGGGCGGCCCAGGGGUCUUUGGAAAACUCUCCUUUUUAGUCCCCCCACAACCACCCACCACCAUCCCAUUUUUCAAGCAGAAGCAGCGUGGAGUUUCUGAGCCACAGUCCCAAUCAGAGGAGGGGCUUGGUUGGAUCAGAAGAGGGAGAGGGUAACAGAAAGACCAGCCUGAUGAAGGUAAAGAGGGCAUUUGCCGCCAGGCUGCCCGGUGCAGGAGCGCCCUGAGCCGGAGCUGCACGGGGGGGAAUGCAAACGCUGCCACUUUCUUGGAAUGGGUACAACCUGACCUCCUUGCAAAAAAAAAACUCUUGGCUGAGAGCUGUGGGAGUUCAGCGGAGCCGUUGGAAUACAUUGUCUUCUUCUGGGCGCCCCGUCCCAUCGGCGGCGUUAACAGGGAAGGAAUUCCUCUAUCGCAGCUCCCACAACAAAGAAGAAAGGGAGAGGAGCAGAGCCGGUGGGAGGAGAAGUGAAGUGAAGGGAAGGGAGGGGUGCGCUGUGAGGGGAGUGGAGGACAUUGUUUGCCUGUGACUGUGGGCAACGGAAAAGCAUGAGUUAUCAGGGCAUGCGUGAGUGUGUUUACUAGGUGUGUUUGUUUGCAAGUAUGCGUAAAUAAGCAGACCGCCUGAGUGUGUGUUGGACAGAAUAUGCAUGCGAGUGUGUGUGAGGCACCUACAGUUUUGGGGAUGUUGGAGCCGGGAGGCCGUUCAAAGGAUGCUCAAACAAAGCUGGAUUUCCCCCCCUUUUCUAUCCCUUUUCAAUGGUGAUUGAGGGCUAGCCGGAUUCCUUUACUCAUGCUGUUGGGUCGAGUUCUGCUUUAGGGUAGCUGAAAGACCUUCAGCAUGCAUGUCCAAGGGGCUGUUCUUCACAUAUUACUUCACUAGCUGAAGGAUUAUGGGUAACCUCAUCAGCCGGCCCAGCUGCUUGGGCCAGAAGUCCAAGCAUGUGAGGUCGGACGAGGGCUUCUUGAAGGAGUGCUACCAUAAGAAAAAAGAGUGGCAGCCCCCAGAGCAACAGGCUGACAACAAAGAGGAGGAUAUCAAAGAUGGAUCCAGGGAUGAUGCAAAGAAGGAACAAGAGAGCGACAAGGAGACAGAGGAACCUGAUCCUAAGAGGGAGCAAGGUGCACACACUCCGAGUUCGGAUAAGACCCUUCACAGCUCUCCUGCCUCAACAAUCAGGAGCAGCAGCACUCUGGAAAAUGCCUGGCACAGCAGCCCUUCUCCCAUGAAAACAUCACGAAAUGGUACGUUGACCAGGAGGACGGUGCCACCGGAGUUUGCCAGGUCUCCUCUGGCUAACUCGGACCUAAGUGCUGCGGAGCGAAGAGCCAGCUAUCAGAGGAGAGACUCCAGAGAGGGAAGCCCCUGGUCCUGGAAAACUGUGGCGUCCCGCGAGGUUACGGAGGUCACCGAAGUGACAGAGACUAUCGUAACGGAAAUUGUGGAAGUCACGGAGUAUCCAGGAGGAGACAAAAGCGGGAUCCCCAUUGUUACCAGAACCGUUAGAGUCCUGAACGGUGUCGCAGAGGAACUUGCUGAGCUUCAAGCUGACGGACACUCAAGUUCAGACCAAGAUUCCACUCUGGAGAGGUGGAAGGGAGCUAAAUCUGCCUUGGCAGUGAGAGAUGUGUCCACAGACUCUGAUACGUUUCUCCAAAACCUGGAUGCUUUGGUCACAUGGGUCAGCGAAAUCGAGGAGCUCACAUCUAAUCAGAAACCUCCGUCAUCAGAGGUCAAAGUGGUCAAAGCCCAGCUCCAGGAACAAAAGCUCCUGCUGCGGCUCCUGACAGACCGAAGGCGAAGUAUGGACUCUAUGAUGCUGAAGGGCCCUCAGCUGGUGGGGGCCCACCCGGGAGAGGAAGGGGAGCAGGCAAAGUUCAAGCUCUCCGUUCUCAAACAGAAGUGGGAGGCCUUACAGCUGGAGGCAGAAAAAAGGAAGGAGAGUCUGGAGCUCAUUCUUCCAAAAGCCAAGCUCUUUGAAGAAGGUGUAGACAGCCUGCAGCAAUGGCUCAUAACCGUGGAACAGACGCUGGGUGAACUCCGAAACGCAGAGAGAGUGAUGCUGCACCUCUCAGACGCCACAGACAGGGCCAAGGCUGUUGUUGAUGAGAUUCAACUUAAAACUGCUGAACUAGGGAAAAUACAGGAGUCAGGUCAGGAUUUAAUAGAGGCUAUUUCAGAGGAGGAAGCCCAUCAGGUGCAGGAAAAGAUGGAUGCCCUGCGCAUUCGUUGCUCCGUUUUGAGUCUGAGCAGUCUGGAUGUGCUGCAGAGGCUAGAGCAGGCCCUGGAGGCCUCCAGCCGGUGCACCUCCAGCCAGGAGGACCUCCACCUGUGGCUGGGCCGCAUCGAAAGGGAGCUCUUAGGAGCAGCAACUCAGACACAUGCUGGAGAUGCAGGGCUUUGUGCAGCGGAAAGACAGAGGCUGGAACAGGCAGUGGUAAAGGAGAUGGCUUGGUUUAAAGACACCGCACUGAGCCUUGAAAAGCUGAAAACCAUUCAUUUGGAGUCAGAUCUUAUUGCAGAGCAACUCUAUGAACAGAAGAUUUUAGCAGUGGAAAUUCUUCAGCACAGGUUCAAUAUUGAGAAAAUGGUCAAGAUUGCUGAAAUCUUAAUGAGCUAUGGAGAAGAAGGAGAAACUGGAGACCUUCGGACCCCAGUCGAGGCCUUGCAAGAACACUGCAACACUAUGUCAGCCACCAAUGCACAUGUGGUCCUGCAGCUGGAGCAUGCUCAGUCCCUUCUGGUCCAGUUUUCUGAAAGCCUGACUGAGGUUUCGCCCUGGCUAGAGGAAACCCAGAAACUCAUUGGCCAGCUGUCCCUGAGCACGAUAAGCUAUGAGGCAUUUCGAGAACAACAAGACCUCUUACAGGGUCUCAGAGAGUCUAUAGCAGAACAUCGGCCUUUGAUUGCACGCUUAUGCUCUCUUGCAAAACGCCUGUCGGAACUGAACCCCAGUGAGGGCGACCAGUUCCAUCGUAAGGCAACAGAGGCUGAGGAGCAGCACAGAGCCAUCAGAGAUCGUGUCAAAGAGACUUCCAAUCUACUUGAGGAAUCCUUACCACGAUUCACACAAUUGAAUGAGAGGAUGACUCUCAUCAGAGAGAGCCUUGACCGCCUGAGCAGUCGAAUACAGACGCCCACAUCACUUCAAGGUCUCACCCCAAGGAUACAGGAGCAGCUGCAGGACAACAAGCAAACCCUUGCAGAGCUGUCUAAGCUGGAGCUGGGCCUCGGUAGUGUCAAAUCCCAGGCAGAUGAGCUGCUGGCCAACACCCAGGCAGCAGGCAAUGGAUCCAUUGGAGCCGCAAUCCAGGGGCGCGUGACCAGCUUGUCCCAGCACUGGGAUGAGACGCAUACUCAAGCCCGGGAGAGGGAGACCUGGCUGCUCAAGCUCCUGGAUCUCGCCAUGAAGUUUUGGAGUGAUGUAAGCGAAGUGACGACUGCUCUCAGCGACGGUCAGCAGGCAGUUCUGGAUCUCAACGCCAGUCAGACGGACUCUGAGACAAUUCGCCAGAGCCUCGAAACCAUGCAGUCUCUCAGGGAGGACAUAGACAGCUUGCAGGGAGAUCUGGACAUUCUGGGUGUUCUGGGAAUGGACCUGAUGUCUACAUGUGGAGACACGGACAAACCAGAUGUCACGAAAUGCCUGGAUGAGCUCUAUUGCACGUGGAACAAUUUAAGCAAACUGUGGAAUGAAUGUCACAAGAAGCUGGAGGAGUCCUUGCAUAUGGCACUGCAUUAUCAAGACUCUAUGCAGGGCCUAUUUGAAUGGUUGAAGUCAGCCGAGUUGAGGUCAACAGAGGAAUUCAUGGUUGGAGCUGAUUUGGAAUCAGUGAGAGGACAGUUGUGCGAUCUCAAGGAAUUCAAGAGGGAACUCUACCAGAAGAAGAUCGAAAUAGAAAGCCUGAACCAUCGCUUCGUGUGCCGGCUGUCUCCGGGCUCAGAGCGCCCAGGCUCCGUCUCACCGCUGUGUGACUUCAGGCAACGCUGGGACUCCCUGGAGUCAGAGACAGUGAGCAGACAGCAUCAGCUGGAGUGUGCUCUCCUGGGCCUGGGUCAGUUCCAAAACACACUUGACGAGUUGCACACGUGGCUUUCCCGGACCGCUGAACAACUGCAGGGCAGCCAGCCGAUCAGCAUUGACCUGCAGACCUGUGAAAUUGAGCUGGCCAAGCACAAGGUGUUGCGGAACGACGUCAUGUCCCACGUUCGCACCAUCGAGUCUCUAAAUCAGGCGGGCAGGGGCCUGCUGGAGGUCGGGUCAGGGGAUAGCCCCCAUGGUCUGCAGUCUCUGUUGGAGCAUCUGAACGAAAACUGGGAGUUUGUCCGCUGCGAGACGGAACGCAGACAGCUGGAACUGGAGAACAGGUUAAGCCAGGUGCAAGAUGUUAACAUGGAGAUUCAGGACCUUCUGCAAUGGCUGGAGAACACAGACAUAAGACUCUCCUCGUUCAAAACCAUGUGGGGAAUGCCAGACUCUGCACAUGAAAGGCUUAAUGCACACUUAGAGCUGUGCAAUGAGAUGGACUCCAAGAUGCACACUUACACAGAUGUGAAGAAUGCCAUUCACAGGAUGCUGGAGAGCAGCGACGUUGUGCAGGGUUCAAGCACAGAGCACAGCUUAUCUAUUCUCGAGCAGAAAUGGGCAUCGGUGUACAGCAAAGUUCAGGACAGGAAGUCUAAGCUCACAGAGGGACUGAGUCUGGCCAAGGAGUUUCACAGCAAUGUUAAGGAGAUCCUCACAAAGAUGAGCAAAUGUGAGGAGUCUAUUGGGUUUCUUCCUCCUCCAAGCUUUGUUCUGGACACGGUUUGCGCACAACUGCAAGAUCACAGAACUUUGCUGAGUGAAGUCAAUGGUUACAAUGGAAAGAAGACAUUGGUGGAGAACACGGGUCACAGGCUUACAGAGUUGAGCAGGAAGGAGGACUGUGAUGUCAUCCACAACCUGAUCAUGACCGUCCACGAUCGAUGGAAAAAGCUUCAGCAACGAGCCACAGAGAGAGGCAGGACGCUGGAGGAUGUUAAAAAGAAUGCAAAACAGUUUAAUGAAUCAUGGCGCCUUCUUGUGGACUGGAUGACGGAGGUAGAGCAGACGUUAGACACCCAUAAAGAGAUUGCUGUGUCUCAUGAAGAGAUUAAGCAGCAGCUGACUGAGCAGAAGGAGUUCCAGAAACUGCUGCGGUCAAAGCGGCCCAUGUACGACGCCACGCUGAAGAGCGGACGCGGCCUUCACGAAAGAGCCCAGAGCGGUCAGGACAGGCAGCAUCUGGAGAAUCUGCUGGCCGAACUCAAAGACACAUGGGACACCAUCAGCGGCAAGUCCAUGGAGAGACAACAUAAGCUGGAGGAAGCGCUUCUGUUCUCAGGAAGAUUCACUGAUGCUCUGCAAGCGCUGAAUGACUGGCUGUACAGAGCUGAGCCCCAGCUAGCUGAAGACGUUCCGGUUGGAGGAGACAAAGACAUGGUCAACAGCCUCAUUGACAAACAUAAGGCUUUCCAGAAGGAGAUGGGGAAGCGGGCUGGAUGCAUUAGGACUCUGAAGCGCUCCGUGAGGGACCUAACGCGAAGCAGCACGGCAGAUGCUCACUGGCUGCAGGAGCAGAUGGAUGAGCUGGAGGGCCGCUGGGUGACUGUGUGCAAACUGUCAGUCAACAAGCAGGACAGGCUGGAGGCUUCUCUGCAGCAGGCCGAGAAGUUCGACGGCCUGGUUCACUCGUUCAUGGGGCGGCUCGCUGAGGCAGAGAGGGUCCUGAAGUACGGGAUCAUACCGGAGGGGGAGGAAGCUUUGCUUGCCUUCCGCAAACAGCACAAGGAGUCAUUGGGUGCCUUAGAGGCUCAGGCUGUGGAGUUAGAGAAUAUCCGGUGCCUGGGUGAGGAGAUACUGGCUUCCUGUCAUCCAGACUCUAUAAUCACCCUAAAAUCUUGGAUCAGUGUCACUAAGACUCGUUAUGAGGAGAUUCAGACCUGGGCCCAGCAGCAAGGCCAGAAGAUCCAGGCCAGCUUGACCUCUCUGGAAGCAGAAAAGGAAGAAGUCCAGAGACUCUUGGACUGGAUCUCCUCAGCAGAGGAAGCUCUCCACCUGAGAGAUGAAGAGCCUCUGCCCGAGACCACAGAACAGAACCAAGAACUGAUCGAACAGCACGCAGUAUUCAUGGAGGAAUUGAACAAGAAGUUCCCAGAGGUCGAGCAUGCCACAAAAUCCUGCAAACACAAGAGCACUCCAAAACAUCAGGCGUCACCCAGCAAGCGGCCACUCACCAGGAGGAGGAGUGCCAUGAAGCUCCCGCCCGCCGUACCUGUCCCCCUGGAGCACCUGGAGCCGGACACCCCACAGCUCCGUCAGCUGGUCAGCCAGUGGCAGAAACUGUGGCAUGCGGCUGCGGCCAGGACCAAACGCCUGGAGCAACACCAGCAAAUGCUCCGAGAGAUGGAGGAAUUUGCCAACUUUGACUUCAAUAUUUGGCGGAAGCGCUACAUGCAGUGGAUUAGCCAUUUAAAGUCUCGGAUCUUGGAUGUGUUCCGAAGCAUUGACCGGGACCAGGAUGGCCGCAUCAGCCAAAAAGAGUUAAUCGAUUAUGUCCUUGCCUCAAAAUUUCCAACCAACUCUCUGGAGAUGAAUGCGGUGGCUAACAUCUUUGACUUGAACAGCGAUGGCUACAUUGACUACUAUGAGUUUGUGAGUGCUCUCCAUCCCAGCAGAGACCCCUACAGGAAAACUCUUGACGCAGAUCAGAUCAAUGAAGAAGUGAGUCGGCAGGUAUCGCAGUGUAACUGCCCCAAGAGGUUCCAAGUGGAGCAAAUAAGUGCCAAUAGAUACAGGUUUGGAGACUCACAACAGCUGCGGAUGGUUCGAAUCCUGCGCAGCACGUUGAUGGUCCGAGUUGGAGGAGGAUGGACUGCUCUGGAUGAAUUUCUUGUCAAAAAUGACCCCUGCAGAGUGAAAGGUCGGACCAACCUAAAGAUCAAAGAGAAGUACUUGUCGCCAACAGGAAGCACCACCAAGGGUUUGACUGUGAGCCGGUCCAACUCAAGCCUCAGCCUCUACAGCAGUGCCUCUGCCCCCACCAGCCCCAUGACACGCAAGGCAUUACUCCGCAGGAGUUUCUCAGGUGACCGGUGCGUCCGUCCAAGGAGUUCCAUCGCGGCCCUGGAUUCCGAUUUGCAUUUCAUCACAUCGGGGGAGGACCACUCCACCUCGCCCUCAGAUGAAACUGAGAGGCUGCCCACAUGAUUACCUCUGCUUCAGAGCAGCACACAUAUGCUGCAGCGCUCCAUCCAAACACAGCCUCUCGCCACAGAAACAGGGUCACUGGAACAAAAAAAAGGAGAAGACACAGAGCAUCAGAGAAACACAUCUGACCUGAGACUGAUGGAAAAGUAAAAGAAAGUCCCUCGAAGUGACAGUGACGGGCACGAAGUACUAAGAAAUCUCCGUGAAGAUUAUGCCCAUGUGUGAAAAAUGACGGGUCGAUUCAAAUGCCGGAUGACGUCUUUUUUUACGCCUACAGCUCUAUUUCAUUUAUCCGAUCGCCUAGAAAGUAGGAAGUUCUGCAUGGGUACUUAUUGCAUGGCAGCCAGAGCCUAACUUUCUUCCAGCUUGCUCUUCUUUUUAUGGUAGUGAACAAAAUGAGCAAAGGCAGACAGUCCCAAAGCCUGACCCAAGCUGCUUGAGAAGCGACAUACAGCUAGAACUCACAUACCGGUACAUGUGUAGAUAGCAUGUGCAGGUGUUGUGCUGUCUGACUGUCCGACUGAGUGUCCAAAUAAAACCCUCACAUACCAAAACCACAACUGGUCGACAGCUACCGUCUGCUGUCCCUCAGCUUUCUGAUUCUUUUGUUUCGAUUUUAAUCGAUGAGGAUGAGAGUUUUGGCAGGGCCGUGCUUUUUAUGUCUUUUACCUUUUUUAUUUGUUUGUUUUUUUAAUUUUACACCCUGAACUCCAAUAGUGACAUAUUUUGAUUUGAUUUUUUUUUAUUAUUAUAAGGACACUGGAUGAUUGUGUAACAAGCAAUGCAUUGAGAUAUGACAGGCCAUUGUUGAUUUGUGGAGAUGUUUUCUCAGGACUGAUUUUGCCUUUGCGUGUACCUAUUUCUAUGGAACGUUACUGUGAACAUGUAGAUGUGUUGUUUUCAUUAUUACGCUGGUUUUUUGAAAAGGAAGUUUGUUUACCACUUUGUUUUUCAUAAAAAAAAUGCACUUUUUUGUCUCCAACUACUGUGUGUGUGUUGUUUAGCUCAAAAUGAAAGAUGGCAAUUAAAGUUUGUGCUUCCCGUAACUGCAUAUAAAGAGUAAAUUGAUGGCUCGUUGAGGCGAGAUUUUUAAAGGAUUAAAUAGUUUCUUCCCUUUUUCAUCAUUUUCAACUGAAAGUCAGCAGACAUUUUUACGUAUUUCUUAGCACAGGCCAAUUCUCCACCAUGAAAUGGGUUCAAGAAACACAUUUCUGCUCUCCUUUAUGGUCAUUUGUGAACCUGAAAAAACUGACAAAAUUAUAACAGCAGCUCCCCCCCCAUCCCCUGCACAGGCUGAGGGGUGUUGUACUACGCCUGGUUUAUAAUCACCAUUAUAAUCUCUGUAGUUAUAGACCAGUUGAUACUACAUGACAUUUACAGUGCUUCUGAUAUAUUUGUAAGCUUCCCUUUAUACUUUGUCUACCUUUCCGACAGUUGUUCAGUGUAUUUGGUCUAUGCAGGUGUCAAAGGGAUUUUUUUAAAGUCAAAACUGUUUUUACACGUCGGCCUACCUUUUCCUCUUCGGCUCAUGUUUGGAAAGUGUUCGUGAGCUACUGCAUCGUGUUAAAGACAGGAGGGCGACUCCACUCCUCUUGCUAUGCACCCCGAUCUUUCUGUACUGUAAAUGUUUCUAUACUCAGCACUCAUUCUGAAGUUUAAAGUAGGGAAAUUGUAGAUGGAUGUCACUAAUACUUGUACGUACAGUUGUAUAAAGAAUGUUUUGUAAUAAAAUUACAACUAUUUGUGAUCAUUAUUGAUAUAUAGUCAUUUUUAUCUAAUACUU